CCGCAGUGUCAUUACUUCGGCUUGUUGUUACGACCUCUGGUGGUGACAUGGGAGGAUCUUCGCCAGGCUCUUUUUGGUGGAUGCAACCAGAGGAACCGCUUUCAGGCGUUGUCCAGCAGCAUUUUGGCGUCAAUAGUUUGCCGUACUACCGAACGAUGUACCGAUUUGUCGAGGGAGGGGUUUUUCUGGUGGACAAUGUGUUUUUUUACGGCAUGUUUACGACUGUCAUCCCGGUCGUCUUGUUCGGAGAUGAGCAGGCCUCUCGCUCCGCAGGACCGCACGUCUUGUUCGGUCUGACUCAGGCUGAAUUAGUCACCGUAGGCAUCUUGUUAGCCGUAUUCCUUCUUUCGAUGCUAGUUGUGGCCAUGCUGGCUGGGGCGUUCGUUUAUUUCGUAUUGCUGCCGCAGCGAGCAAGGAGCUCAUUGAAAUCGCUGUACUUGCGAAUAAGUCGCACAUCCAAAGGCUUGGGUCGUUUGCAUAUUGUGCAGGCUGAUCGAGCGCGGGAAACGUGUCAAGAUGGG